UCUUUUCUCUUUCUCUUUACUUAUCAAUUUUUUUUCUUUCUAUUAGUUGUAAAUAUAAUAAUAUCUUUGUUAUCAUGUCUCUCGCCGGUUAUUUGUUUGGAAAUGUGGAUGAACAAGGACGGUUGGAUAAUGACCUAGAUGAAGAAUUAAAACAAACUCUACAACAUGUUGAUGCUAAUGUCUUCUCACAAAUAUUCAACCCAGAUACUUUUGGCAUUCAGACUUCCCAUAAUCAAACUGGUAGCGAUUUGGACGAUGACGAUGAUAUGACAAAUGGACAACAAGAAGAAGAAGAAACUGCGAUUCAUGUCGUUCCCAUGACACAACAUGCAGCAACUGCUAUUGACUAUUCUGACUUUGACGAAACUGUACCUGAUGAUUCACCAACAAAAAACAACACUCCAUAUUUACCUCGACCUCGAAACUCAAUACCUUCAAAAUUAUCGAAAAUGCCAGUAUCAAGGAUGAAGAAGAAUCCAGUAUCAAAAUCAAUUACUCGACGAUAUCUUGAAGAAGAAGAUGAUGAUUACGAUACCCAGGAACCUCCUAUUUUACCAUCCAUCACCACAACCAUGUCAUCAUCACCUCUUUCUCAAUUAUCAACACCACUUCCUAAAUCAUCAUCCCCUUCUUACUUAUCAUCUCUCCCGGAGUCCGUCACUAAUAAUGCUGCUAUGGAUAUUACUCAACUUUUUCCUGCAUUUGAAAGGGGCAAGGUUCUAAAAUUCUCUGAUCUAUUCAUGACUCGGAUUAAACGGCGCACCAAAAUACAAACUCCUCUUGAUCAUAUGUAUAUGGGAGAUGGUUUCAAUUAUGUUAUGGCAGCUGAUCAACAAAAUAUAUUCCUUCAUCAACCUUACAAACGCAGAAAAUUGGAUAUAUCAAAAAAUGAUCAAGAUGAUAGUGACGAUGAUGAUCUAGAACAAAGACAUCAAUCUACGACAACAAAAGGAUUACAUCAACAAAGAUAUUUGGGUAUGGACAAUCAUCUUUAUCAUGCUAUUAUGCUUGAACCAUGGGAAAAGGAAAUAUUAUGGGAUGAUCCUGAACCAACAAGAUUACGGGCAACCGGCGAACUGGCAAGAUCAAAUGCAGCUGUUAUGACGGCAAUCACUACAACAAAUAAAGGAAGAAUCAAACGAACGACCUUUGGCGACAGUAUCCUUAACCAUGAUUUGGAAAAUGGAGACUGGCUUGAAUCUGUCAUAUGGGAUGAUGAAGGUGACGAUAAAACUACAAAAUCAACAACGACAUCAACAGAUCGAUCACGACUGGAUCCAGACUCCAUCAAGGUGAUACUGGACUUGAAUGAUCCUCAUAUGUUAUUUGAUGCAGAAUCCAUGGAAGACAGUCAACAACAAUUAUUACCUAUUAAGCAUGUGGUUAAAAAAGGAAGAAAACCUAAUCCAAGACCUAUUCCAAAGAUGCCUUUGAUAUACACUAGUGAUCCUGAUUCCCGAAGUAAAUUACCUCAAAGUAGAUUCAACAUUUCAAACGAUCGACAUUACGAUAUGAAUUUUGCUGUAGUACGUGUUCGUCAAACUCAUGGACAACUUGUAGUUCAACAUUCUAUUCCUGCCUUACAACUUCAUCGUACUUUAUAUAAAACUAAGAUGACCAAAUCCGAACUACGGUCAUUCCAUCGACCUUUAUUCCAAUUCCCUGUCAAUACUGAUAUAUCUUUUACUCGUGUACGAUUGAUGAAGAAAAAACAAAAGAACAAGAAACCAUCCUCGGCAAAUGGGACAAAUGUUAAUGGAUCAACAGCUGAUGAUGAUGCUAUCAUGCGAACAACCAAAGAUUUAACUUUGAAAGAUACUUCUUCUUUCGUUUUGUUGGAAUACUCGGAAGAACAUCCUCCUAUCAUAUCAAAUGUUGGAAUGGGAACUUUGAUUGUGAAUUAUUAUCGAAAGACUGACCCAAAAGAUGAUCAUAUUCCUCAUAUGGAUAUCGGUGAACCAUUUGUACUCGAAGUAGAGGAUACAUCACCUUUUAUGACAUUUGGAAAUGUGGAACCAGGACAAACUAUACCAGUGAUGUAUAAUAACAUGGUCCGAGCUCCUCUAUUCAGUCACCAAGUACGUCAUACUGAUUUUUUACUUGUACGCAGCACGUAUCAUGGUCAAUCACGCUACUAUCUUCGCGAAAUUCCAGCUUUAUAUGUGAUGGGACAAACAUAUCCAGUACAAGAAGUGCCAGGUCCGCAAUCAAGACGUGUCACUACAACAGUCAAAAAUCGACUUCAAAUUGUUGCCUAUCGAUUACUCGCUAAACACCCUCAACAUAGACUGAAGAUGUCCAAAUUGGCAUCCCGAUUCCCUGAAUAUCAAGAUAUCCAAGUACGACAACGACUCAAGGAAUUUUUGGAAUUCAACAGACAUAGCAAGGAUAAAGGUGGUGGCUAUUGGAAAGUACGACCAUCAAAGGAAACGGGAGAACGACAUCCACCUACAGAAGAUCAAUUACGGCUCAUGUGUACACCCGAAAUGGUUUGUCUCUAUGAAAGUAUGUUGGUGGGUGAACGACAUUUGCAAGAUCUUGGGUAUAGUAACAUCAACGAUACUGUGGAUCAAGAUGAUAAUAGUACUUCUCAACUGGAAACAGAACAACAACUCGCUCCUUGGUUUGCCACUCGGAAUUUUAUCAAUGCAUGUCAGGGCAAAGCCAUGUUGAAAUUAUCAGGUGAUGGAGAUCCUACUGGUUGUGGUGAAGGCUUUAGCUUUAUUCGAGUAUCUAUGAAAGAUAUCUUUUUACGUGCUGGGGAAUCUGCAGAAAUGAAACUAGCCCAAAUCAAGUCAAGACCCAAAAGUGCACAUCGUUAUAAUGUGGCUGAACAACAACAAGUUUACAAGGAAGAGAUUGAACGUAUUUGGAAUGCUCAGUGGAAUGCAUUGAGUCAAACUGAAGAACCUGAUUAUACUCCACAAGAUAAUAUGGAUGAUUCUUCUGCAGAUGAAAGGGAAUUGGAUCAAAUCAAUAGCCCGAUGACACCAGAUCAUAUGGAAUGGCGACAUCAACGACGAUACGAUCGAGCGAAUUCAGAAGGUUAUUAUGAUGAUAUGGAUGACAAUAUAUCAGUGACAGAAAGUUAUAGUUCACAAGCACAACAUCGAAAUCGGGAAUUAAAGAUCACCAGACAAAUGCGUCAAGAAAAUGGGGAAAUCAAGCCAGUAGUGGAAAUUGUACGUGAUCCAGCCGUCAUCAAAGCAUAUAUAGCUCAACGACAAUUGAUUAUAGAAAAUACAGCAGAUUUGGAAGCCAUCGAUCCUACCAAUAGUCAUGAAAAGAAUGCUCGUAUGAAGAAACAAACUCAACAACAAUUGGCCAAACUAAAGAAAAUGACAGAACGAAGACGGCAACGACAGUUAUCUAAAACGGCGGCUUUAGCUGAGAAUCCAGUAUUGGGUUUGAUGCGUGGUAAACGAGAAGGUGCUAUGCGACGAUGUGGUAAUUGUGGUCAAUUAGGUCAUAUGAAAACAAAUAAGAGUUGUCCCAACUUUCCAGAUAAAAACAACAAUAAUAAUAAGGAUACUCUUCCGGAUCAAGAUGUUGAUGAAGGUCGAAAUCCUACUUCUACCUCUCCAGCUUCACAAUCAGUAUUACCCUUUCCUCCUCUUUGAUUUCAUUUAUAUAUCUUUUUCAUUAUUCCACUUCUUUUUUAUACACAUAUCUUUUUUUUUUUUUGAAUUAACAAAUAAAGAACACAACAGCAUUUUUUUU